AUGUUUUCCUCCCUCUCAUCUCUCCAACCCCGCCAACUAGCCACCCAAGUCCUAAACUUCGCCCUGGUGUUGAGCACAGCAUUCAUGCUCUGGAAAGGCCUCUCCGUCGCAACCGACUCCUCCUCUCCUAUCGUAGUCGUGCUUUCCGGAUCCAUGGAACCCGCCUUCCAACGUGGAGACUUGCUGUUUUUGUGGAAUCGAGGAAUGGAUACCAAGGUUGGAGAGGUGGUGGUGUAUAAUGUCAAGGGCAAGGAUAUUCCUAUCGUGCAUAGGGUUGUUAGGAGGUUUGGUGGUGGCAGUGGGUAUGAAAACAGACCCAAGGCUCCUCCGCUUCAACUUCUUACCAAGGGCGACAACAAUGCAGCAGAUGAUACCGAACUCUACGCUAGAGGCCAGGACUUCCUCAACCGCAAGACAGACGUUAUCGGCAGUGUGGUUGGCUACGUGCCUUUCGUAGGUUACGUGACCAUCUUGUUGGCCGAGUACCCUUGGCUCAAGACCGUGAUGCUGGCGUUCAUGGGCUUGACGGUCGUCUUCCAACGAGAAUGA